CGGUUCGCAGCGGGUGCGCGUGACGUUGUUUAUUACGUAAAAAUGUCGAGUUUCAAAGUAUUAAAAUGCGCGAGUUGCAACAUUGUAGUUAGCGAGUUGCUGGCAUUCGUACAGCAUAAAAGUGAAGUGAUGGACAAUGAAAGUAUCAUACGGAUAUGUGCUACGGCAUUUACACCCGAGGAAAUUGUGAACGCGAAGUCGUUACUUUUUGAAUCCGUUACUGUGAACAAAAGAAAGAUAUCGCGCCGAAACCAGGGGAAGUCGCAGAGGGAUCUCGAGGACAUCAUUACGUUGUUCAAAGAAACUGACUCUGAGCUUAUUCCGACGUUCGUAGCGAAAGAUUUACAUAAAUUACCACCAGUAACGUUCGAUCAUAUUGAUGUUACAAGAUUGCUCAAAGACUUACUCAUUAUGCAGUCAGAUUUAAAAACAAUAAAGGAGUCAUAUGUGACGUCGUCUCAGUUGGAAGAGGUCAAGAACUCUUUUUACGAAGGAAGGUACGCUUCGUUAACCAGCGGCCAAAAUGUAAACAAAAAACGCGGUGCAUUCAUGUUAAACGAUAUGGACAGCGGGCCGAUCGGGCUGAUUCAGUGUGGUGAUUCCGUAUCAGGUGUGGAAGCUAGCUCGCCGCCGGCGCAUCAGCAGUUUCGCGAACUAAGUGCUGAGAAGCAUAUGUCGUCUCACUCGCUCGCACGGCAACACAAUAAGACACCCAUCUCACCUGCACCCGAUGACGAGGCUAGAGGCGCAGGCGCAUACGAGCCAUGUGCGAGGAAAAGUAAUAAAAUAGUCGACAUCGAAACGGAUCGCGCGGAUCGAAACUUAGUAGCCCCGCCUUCAUAUGUUAUGAAAACAACAAGUCCUGUACCGUUAAAGUCAAGUCAUUUUGCUGAUGUUGUUAAAAAUGGGACUUGGGAGGAAAAUAAACCGGAUGCUGAAUGGAUGUUAGUGCAAAGGAAGAAAUUGCGAAAUCAAUUUAUUGGAAAUACUGGCAAGGCGAGCCCUAGUGAGAAAUUUAAAGCCGCUAUAACCAAAGUACCGCUAUUUAUUUCAAAUGUACAUCGAGAUACAACCAGCGAGGAUAUAGCGGAAUACAUUAGAAACAAAACAAGUGAAGUCGUAAAACUUGAAAAGGUGGUAAUGAAGCGAGACAAAGGGUAUGAUGCCUACAAAUUUUUUGUAAACAAAACCAAGUUAAAUGUGUUUUUGAAUGAUACACUGUGGCCGGACGGAAUAAAAUUCCGUAGAUAUGUUUAUUUCAAAAGCAGUAAUCCGAAUAGCCGGGAGACUGCUCGCGAUAGUAAAGUGAGAAGAAGUCCCACAUCAAUUCAUACCUAG